CUCCGCCGAGCGCGAGCCGGGGACUCUUUCGCGGGGCUUUUGGGCGCCUAUGAGAAGCGGCGGCGGGCUGCGGCGGCCCUGCUCGUCGUUCGGUCGGGCGGCGGCCGGGCGCUGGCGACACGAUGUCCCUGGUAGAUUUGGGAAAGAAGCUUUUAGAAGCUGCUCGAGCGGGACAAGAUGAUGAAGUUCGCAUUUUGAUGGCCAAUGGAGCACCUUUUACUACAGAUUGGCUGGGAACAUCUCCACUUCAUCUAGCGGCACAAUAUGGGCACUAUUCAACCACGGAAGUGUUAUUACGAGCAGGUGUAAGUCGGGAUGCUAGGACCAAAGUGGAUAGAACACCACUUCAUAUGGCAGCUUCAGAAGGCCAUGCAACCAUAGUGGAAGUUUUGCUUAAGCAUGGUGCUGAUGUAAAUGCAAAGGACAUGCUGAAAAUGACUGCUCUGCAUUGGGCCACAGAACACAAUCAUCAAGAAGUAGUGGAACUCUUAAUAAAGUAUGGAGCAGAUGUCCAUACACAAAGCAAAUUUUGCAAGACAGCAUUAGACAUUGCCAUAGACAAUGGAUAUGAAGACUUGGCAGAAAUUCUACAGAUUGCAAUGCAGAACCAAAUCAACACAAAUCCAGAAAGCCCUGAUACCGUGACGAUUCAUGCAGCAACGCCACAGUUCAUCAUUGGACCUGGUGGUGUUGUGAAUCUAACAGAUGACAGCGGAGUGUCUGCUGUCCAGUUUGGUAAUUCCUCAACAUCCGUUCUGGCAACUUUGGCUGCCUUAGCAGAAGCUUCAGCUCCACUGUCCAACUCAUCAGAAACGCCAGUUGUGGCAACAGAAGAAGUUGUGACUGCCGAAUCUGUGGAUGGUGCAAUUCAGCAAGUAGUUAGUUCCGGAGGUCAGCAGGUUAUUACCAUAGUAACUGAUGGGAUUCAGCUUGGAAAUCUUCAUUCCAUUCCCACCAGUGGAAUGGGUCAACCCAUUAUAGUGACCAUGCCAGAUGGGCAGCAAGUACUUACAGUACCAGCCACAGACAUUGCAGAGGAAACAGUAAUCAGCGAAGAGCCUCCAAUCAAGAGACCAUGUAUUGAGAUAGUUGAAAAUCGGGUGGAAUCGGCAGAAAUAGAAGAAAGAGAGACGUUACAAAAACAGCUGGAUGAGGCCAAUCGAGAAGCACAGAAGUAUCGCCAGCAGCUUCUGAAGAAAGAGCAAGAGGCAGAAGCGUAUAGGCAGAAAUUGGAGGCAAUGACCCGCCUCCAGACUAACAAAGAAGCUGUUUGAAUGGAUGAAGCGAGCAUUCUAUUAUACAGGUUAAGAAAACUGCAGUACAAUCUGGGUCUGCCUAACAAAUAGGUGCAGAACUGAGAUUCUUUGUCAAAGAAGAUGCUACUGGACUUAAGCCAUGAGCUCUGGUGAUUUUCUUGUAUCAUAAAAAAAAAAAAAAAACUCAGAAUUUAGACAUUUUGUGCAAAAAUAUUUAAAAAAGAAAUACUGUAAAUAGUUUUUUUUUUUUACAGUUCCAAAAUUAGUUGUUUAAUCUUUUUGGAAGGGAUCCACAAACCUGCAAUGCCAAUGUUUUUGUGACUUUUUGAUUUUACUACAAAUCUGCUAAGAUACAGAACAGUUUUAAGGGUGAUAACUUGAUUUAAACUGCGCUGUGUAAAUGAAUUAUGUGACAGAACCAAUCUUGAAAGCUACAAAUUAGAUCUCUGACUAAAUUCAUUUCCUGGUUAUUAUCCUUUGUACAGCUUUAAGGAGUUGGCCAGGGCCUCUGAACAAUGCCCCCUUUUUUAGGAAAAAAAAGUGUAAUUUUUUAUAUUUAAUUCCUGAUAUAUUCAAGUAGAUUGACAUGUAUAUGAAGCUGAUAUUUUUAAAAAUUUUCAGUUUGUACAUAUGCUGCAUGUUUUUUUAUAAUUUCUAUAUACAUCUUACAUAAAUAUUUUUCAGGAAAGAGGAUGGAAAAUUAUGAGAAAAAAAAUAUUUAACCUUUAGGUCAUAGGGGGUAGGGGAUGGGGGAAGAAGCCGGUGAGUAACUGUGGGUCGAUUGUUUUCUUUUAUAUUGGGAGUUACAUUUCUUAGAGGAAUGUAACUUGGGAGAAGAAAAAGAAAACAAAAACCAAUAUUUAUGUAAUAUAUUAAUUAUAUGAAAAUAUUCCCGUUAGUGCAGCCAAUCAUAUUUCCAGGGUGACUAACCAAGCUGGGCUGGGAUAAUUCUGCAGCUGAAGAUUAAGUUUCGAGAGUGUCUCCCCAAAGCUCUUGAGCUUAACCUCUCCCCUGCUAUGCUACCACCUGCUGGACAGGAUGUUAACAUUCACAUUACAGCACCCAAAAAAAAAACAAAACCCACGCAAAUGCAAGAAGCUGUAAGGGUAAUAGCCUGAUAUUUGAAAUUAGGGUGGAGGCUGUCCUUCAAGAAAUCUAUAGGUAAACAGCACACAAGUGUCCAUCACUCACAAUACCUUUAAUCUGAUGACCAACAGCAGGCGCAGAUGAGCGGAGCUCCUAAAACAGUUCACAGCGCAUGCCCAGCAAAGGUUUUAUCAUGUGCUACAGAUUGUUAAAGGGGGUAGAAGGAAGUGACUUGAAGACAUAGGUCUGAAAAUGGCGUCUCACGGCACCUCUCCAAGGGAACAUCCCUCAAGAGUGAAGGUGGCAGCAUCUUGCUGACAUUGGAGAGAUGAAUUUAGGCAGCAAGCUUUUUAAGUGACUCCUCACACGGUCCUCCUUUUCAGGAUCGUGGCUGUUGUAUGCCAAUAAUAUAAAAUGUAAGAAGGUUCGGCACAAUUGCUGGGAUCCUCUCUUUUACAAUGUUCCCCACUCCGGCCACAAAGUAAACAGGAGUAACCAAAACGUCUGAACUUGCAUGCGGUUUAUAUAGGAGCCACAUAAGUGACAUUCGCGUGCUCUUGCAUUCCUGUUCUUCUACCACACCUGUGAUCUUAGAUCUUUCUUCCAGUGAAGCUUACAGAGGAAAAGUUCCUUGUUCAUAUUUGUGCCCAUCAUCUCAAUCUAACAGUACAACUAAUAGACAUAUGCAUACAUUUUCAUUGUUUUAUCUGCACAACAAACCAAAAUUAAGAUUGCCCUAAUCAUGACUGACCUCUAGGGGCAGAUUUGUGCACAGUUCGGCUGUCACCUUCUGUUAUUUCUGGCAGCUCUGAUUACGUUUUGAUGGUGUGGUUUUCAGGGAUAUAGUUCUUAGCAUUUCCAGCAUAUUGUGGUUUAAAUCAGUCUUCCUCAAUUUAGUGUCUCUCUCCUCCCACCCCACCCAGGUUUAUUGGUAUUUAGUGUCUGCAUUUGCUAACAAGUACAAUCAGUGGUCAUACCUACUGGGGACUAUGUGGGGUUGAAAUAUAUUAAUUUGUGAAAGACUGAUUUAGGUCUGUAAAGUAUUGUGAUAUUAUACCAAUAAAUAGGGCAACCCUAAAUGCUCUUACAGAUGAAAAGGUCACAGUUAAAAGAAAUAAGGGUGUUUUAGGAUCAGGGCCCUAAACUUUAGCAUGUCUUCAAAAAAUAGGUAAGUAAGCACUUAGUCUCCUGCUGGACUUAAGGCAAGAACAAAUGUGAUGCGACCUGUUAAAAGCCUCACAGCUCAGGCAUGCUCUGCAGAUGCAGAAGAAUGAAAGGUAGGUAGAACUGUAGAUGGGAUUUGAAUACAAGGAGAAAAGAAAUGGGUUUUCCCUUACCUUGUCCCUGUGCUAGCUUUCUACUUGCACUCAGGCAUAUACAAGGGAAUACUUAUAAAAAUGUUAUUUCCUCACUGGUCAGUCACAGUUGAUACAGCUGGGUCUAUCUUGCCUUGCUGCAAACGUUGACCUGCACAGAGCCCAGAGCGUUCAGACAUUUGUGGCUUUCAGACAUUCACAGACCAUGCUGCCUUAAAGAUUACCAAGUGCUACAACGCUUUACACUUUGUUCAAACUACUGUGCAGCUCCUUUAUUUCCAAGUAUACCUUGUAUUUGAUUUGUGCUUUGCUGUGUUUUAUCUUUCAGUGCUUUUAUGAAACGUAUAACUUUAUAAACCAUCUAGAUUACCUAUACAAAAGAAUUGCCCUUAAAACUGUCUUUGGCCUACCUUUUCUAUUUACAAUUAAAUAUCUUUUCCACA